AGGGAUCGCCCGAUGUGCGCGGUCGCCUGCGCAGCAAUCAAUGCAGUGGCGAAAGAACGCCGAAUAUGAUCGAGGAUUAGUGGUGCGAGAGCCACGGUGCGAGAUGGCCGUGUCGUGGUACGCUGUGGUGUUGCUCGCCGCCACCGUUCUCGGGGCGUCCAUUGCGCCGGAGAAGCAGGCCCUAGAGAACUCAACGUGCGGUCGUGUUUGGCUCACAGUGCACUCCCCCGAGAUCCGACAAAACGCGGGGCGAAGGCUGCUCGACGCAUUGGAGCUUAACUGGGACUUCAAUGGCUGUUCUAACGUUCCUAGACAGAUAGGCCUAUUCGAAAGUAGGCCCUCAUCAUGGGCGAAUGCCUUAGAAAUCCACCAAGUGAACUCGGCGGACGGGUUCGUAGUCACCGAGAUCUCCUUAGGCGAGGCCACGCUGCCCGGGGCCUGGUUGACAGGCCCGGGUCAAAAGGGCCCACAAUGCCUGUGGCCCUGGAUCGCCGCGGGAGACAACGAAAUCCAAGCCCACAACUGCUUGAAGAUACAGCCGACGUGGAUGGAGGACCAUGCGUAAGUUUAGAUUUUGAAACUUU